AUGAUUUUCCAACAUCAAAAAGUCACUGGUCGUGCCUUUAUUACAUUGACUGAAAGCAAGCUGGAAAAUUGGGGAAUUCAAAGCGGAUCGGCCUUGGCAAUUGUAGAUUUCGCAAAGGAACUCAAAGAUGAGCCUCUUAGAAAGCGGAGAAAGAUUUGGUGUGAAAUUGAUUGUGCUGAAGACACGCAAAUUCGUUUGACAUACUCUUUUCCAGUAUAUUGGACAUUAUGGGUUCCUACGUCUGUACAAACCCACCCAUUCAUAUGGACCCCUGCAGCCGAUGUUUGGAAAGAGGGCCUUGCACGCCUACUAAGACCCAUUGCAAUUUAUAUUGUAUGUGCAAAUUUUAUUUCAGAAGACCAUGAUGAAAUCAUUGAUGCGUACAAGAAUCAGUUGCGUUCGAUAAGCUCAUGUGAGACAAGGCUCAAAAAAGCAAGGUCAAAAGCUGAGAAUGUAGAGCGUUCAUUUCAACGUGAAGAAGUUACCUCAUUUUUUGAAAGGUUGGAUACACAUGCAAGGAUGAACGUGACAAAAAUUCUCGUGGAUUCAACAAAAAAUCUUGUGAAUGUGAAAGAAGACCUCUACAAAUCAAAACUGAAUAUACAAGCGUAUAACCAGAUGAUUUCUCAGAAAACCGAUGAAGAUGGGUUCAAGUCACCACCUUCUAACCCUCGAAAUGAUGAAUAUGAGUUCAAGACACCACCUCCUAAACCUCGAGAUGAUGAUAAAUAUUCACUUUCUUUUACUCCAAACAAGCGAAAGACGAAUGAUAAAAAGGUCGUUCAGUAUCUUAGUGCAAUGAAGCAAUCGUUAAAAUAUAACCAAGUUAUGGUUCAAAAACCAUCUGUGUGGACGGAAUCAUUAAAUAUUUAUAUGGAUAAUGUUUUGAAAAACUCUGGAGAUAAUUUCAAGUCUAAAAAAUUGAAGCUUAACCUUGUUCCUGAUUUUAGUUAUAAUAUGGUCGAUAUAUUUCCGAACUUGUCAAGGAAAAUCGGAGAACGAAAGUAUAUUAUUCAAAACAUUUCUUCUUUAUUCAAAUUUUACAAAGUCACGUUUGGAAACAUUUAUUUUGACUGGAUCGAAUCACACUCGCUGGCGUCAAAAUUAACAAAGUCGCCUACAAACUCUGGUAUUGUUAAGGUCGAUGUAAGGGGUGUCAGGUUAUUCGAUAAUAAGGAAAUUUUCCAUGUAGAAGUAUCAGACACGCCAUCACCACCAUCGGAUGAUAAUGCUGUUAACGAUACAAAAAAAUCUCUGCAUACUGAUAUUUUAAACCUAAUUGCGAUCCUGCUUGAUCACCUCCGAGUUCCAGUAGAAAAUGCAACUGAAAUUAAAGUUUUUAGUUUACAAGUGAUCGAAUAUCGUAUGACACUAUACUCGCUCAACAUGUUAAAUGAUGGCACUUUUCUGACGCCUGAACUAUAUUCUACAUUGUUACCAUUUUCACUUGAUGCCAUAUCGAAGUACAAGGGAAUUCUUUAUCUGAUGGCAAUUUUUCAU